UGCUCGCGUGGCCCAUGUGGCGCAAAUGGGCCAUGGAUGAUCUUCUUGAAGAGAUUUCCGAGGCCACUGAAGUACCUCCCGGCCUGAACAUUCCCUCCGACAGUGUGGUGGAGUUUUUUCAGAAGAAGCGGAAAGCGCCCACAAAGCCAGCAGAUUUGCUGAUUCCCUUGACGAACCUCAGUGAGGAACACGUGGAUGAUGCCAUCCGAACGGAGCGUGCGGGCCAUGGACGAGCCAACCGCAGGGUGCAGCCGUUUCUGCAGAAGACCGCCCGCACCGGCAGGCCCAGCCGUGACCUGGGUCCCCGCGGUCGACCCAAGGAGUUGUCGCCCAUCGAAGCCGCCAGGGAGGCCGCGGCCAAGAAAGGCCUGCGGAAACGCCACGGCUACGCCUCGGCACGACGGAACAGUGGUAUAGACCAAAGUGAGUCGAAGUUACCUCGAAACCGUGAUGUCCUGGUGGGUUGGCAAGACCUGCUGAACGAAAUCGCCAGCAGCUCGCGGCGCCUCCGCGCCGCGCGUGGUGGCGCGCAGGCGGCCAACGCGGACGCCGCGGAGUCGAGGCCCAGGACACAAGAGAGUCGAGCUGGCUCCCCGAUCGCGGCCGUGGCGGAGGACGAUGGCCUGUGGCUGUCGUACCGAAUCAGUGAAGAGACGGUGCCCAAUGCCACACUGCUGCGCAUGUGGAAUUAUGCGGUGGAUCCUCGCAAGGACGAUGGGAUUCAGGCCCUGGAGCGUGUGCCGCGUUUGACGGUGACCAAACGCGAAGUGCAGCCGCUGCCGGUGGUGCACGACUUGGUGCAGUGGCGACAAACCAACAAAAGGCGCCGGGAGAUGCGAAAGGCCAAAAAGGAGGCGGAACGAAACCCGACCCUGGAAGAGAUGUUGAUUGCAAUCUUCGGAGAGGAGGACAUGGAUCUCCUGAACCUCGACGAAGCUCAGCUCCUGAAGCACCGCGCCGACGGUGCCUUGGACGAGGCGCUCAGUUGGAUCGCCCAGCACGCCGGAACGGCGUCGCCCACAGCGCCGCGGGCACGAAAUGGGGCGAUGCCGGGGACGCCGAGUGAAAAACAACAGAGGCAGAAGUUGGAAGAGCUGGAGCUUCUGAAGGAGAUCCAGUUGAUCUUGACCGAAGAUGCUGAUGAAGCACUCAAAGCAUUUCAAGAACUGGAACCGAAGAUUGUGGGUGCUUUGCGCCGUGGAAGACGCGGUGGCUUCGAUGAGGGCAAGGCCUCUGCGAAGUUGGCCUUGUCCAUUGCGGAUUUGCAGGCGCGACAAGAUAAGAAUGUGGUGCGAUGCAAGACGCUGCGAAGGGGCUUCGAGCACAGCCGAGCCAUCAGGUCGUUACCAUCAGAUCGCGUGAAGAACGAGCCCAUUGCGGAGCAACACAUGAAGGAAGUGGUGAAAUCCUUUACUUCCGUGGUAGACAACUGCGAACGUCGGAGUCAGCGCUUCCACGAAGCCUUCCUGCGACGCCAGGGGCACCUCAGUGAUCGGUUGUCCCGCAGGGUGAAACGCAUCCAGAACGACCACUGUGAGAUUCAAUCCAAAAAGCAGCAGUCCAUUCUCCCCUGCGUGGUCUCGGAAAAUGCCUGCGCCUUUCUGUCAGUUUUGCACUUCUUGAAGCCGCACCGGGUGCAUGUCGAGCGAAAACGACAAGAUGCACAUUCUAUCUACAUGAGGCAAGUGGAGAGGAUUCAGCACUUCACUCAUCUAUUAGCUGAUCCCAACCGCGAACCUGAACGAGGGGAAGUGUAUCUGAGUCAAUGCUUCCGCCAUGUGCUUGCAGCGGGUUUGGCAGUGGACAAGUGCUACUUCUUUCGCGUGCUCAGAAAUUUGCAGCGAGAGGAUUUUCAGAAGGUCUUCACUGUGAAUUUCCUCGCAGCUUGUUGCGACGCCUUCAGCAUCCCUGUGCGAGACUACGUGGACUACUUGAAGAGCCACGACCUGCCGCUGUUGGCCCCCAAAUUUGCGACCUCUUCGGCGCUGCCUUACGAUGAUACGGCUGCCUGGGAUGCUGUAACGCUGCAACCUUUGAAGGAUUCCUUUGUGGCUGGUGAUGCCACCUUCUCCGCCCGCCGGAUGUUCGAAAUGAUGGUUUGGAGAUGUUUGGAGGACGUGCCCUUGUAUCCCAUUCUGCCCUGUGAAACUCCCCACACCUCAGAGUUGGUUAGCAGGGAGGAUCCGCUGUAUGAGAUCUUGCAGAGCACGGUCUAUGACGCGGUGCUGGAACGAUAUGCCAUUGGUCCCAAAAGUCCUCGCGCGGAGGAAGCACAUCUUGAGUUUCGCCAUAUCAACACCAGCAGCAGCAUGAUCAGUGGAUCCUUCCAUGAAGACAGCUCUGAGCAGAGCUGGGCCUCCAAAAUCCCUCGACCACCAGUUCAGAUGGUGGCGCAACCACAGAACUUCCGCCGUGGCAAAUUCCAGGCGGGCAGUCGACCCUUUGAGCCCCACGGUCAUAAGACCUUGCGACGGAUGUGGGGUGUGGCUGAGCCUAUGGGAGAAAGUCGGCGAGCAGCCUUUGUCAAGAAGCAGCCUACGCGAGCGAGUCAGAUGGAAAUUGUUCCCGAGAACGUGCCGGAGGCAAUGUCCCCGUGAAGUUGAGACAGAAUGCCGUGUUUUGGUGAUCAUGAUCCACUGGCACACUGGUAUCC